CUUGUGGUAUGGCGACCGACCGCAUGGCGUUCGUGCCUUUGGAGUUGCAGGACAGGAUGCAGCACUACCACGACGACUUCUGGGUAAGUCGGACAUUCGACCCCUCCUUCAUAGGCCAAGUCAUGUACGCUGGGUUCCUUCCCAUCGCCAUGCAGCAAGGACGCCACUGCUAUCUGUUGCCGAAACUGCAUGCCCAUCGAUGCGUGAUUGCUCCGUUGUCAUCGUUGCACAUUCCGAAACAGGUCCGCAAAAAGGCGAAAGGUUUCCACAUGACGAUCAACAUGGCGUUCGACAACGUCGUUGCAGGAUGCCACGCCCAGCACGGCAAGGCAUGGCUGUAUCCCCCAGUCGUGACCGCCUUUCGCGCCAUGUUAGGCGGGAUUCCAAUUCUCAACGAAGGAGGUCGACAGGUCCAGCUAGUCAGCAUCGAGCUAUGGAACGACCAGAACGAAUUGGUCGCGGGGGAACUCGGUUACACCAACGGCGCCAUGUACACGAGUCUGACCGGGUUCACAGGAACCAACGGUGCCGGCACGAUGCAGUUGUAUGCGUUAGGUUCGUAUCUGCACAAGCGAGGGUUCCAGCUAUGGGAUUUGGGUAUGUCCAUGCCAUACAAAAUGGCGCUAGGAGCCAAGGAAGUCCCGCGAACCGAGUUUGUCCAACUGGUCGCUCAAUUACGACGCAUCGACGUGCAAAUGAUUCCGCCGAAUUUGCCGCGUCAAUGCGCCAAAGACCUCUUUCAACUCUAUAGAGAUAGCCAUGCAUCGAACGAAGCAGUCAUUGAGAACCUAAGAAGAUAAGACAUUUCAAACCUGUGACGUUUCCG